GGAUUACCACGGUGACGCUCUUUCUAAUUCGGGCAUCAAAAACAACUACAGUAAACCAAUGAGAUGAACCACUUCCGCUUUCACCUUCGUGUUAGCCGGCGAUGACACGGAACUACUACACGACUCCAAGAGCAGCGGCGAUAGUACUAGAAACAGGUCGAAAACUACUUCUGCCUCGGCGGUCAGUGGUGGUACUGCGAGAAGCAGUUUCGUUCCCGAUUGCGAAAUGAUCGUUGGAGCGCUGCCUGAAAAUACGGAUGUUGGUCGCGGGGAAGGUGCAAUUGUUGAGGACGCGCAUGUUGGCCGGCGGAAUUUUACAACUACUCACGGCGUCGACUGUCUGGCAUUAUCAGGUUGUUCCGGCGAAGGCGAUUCUUCAUCUUUACAAAACAGCUCUUCGCAACUAAACCUGUCGAGCGAGGACUUGUCUUCACCGCUGUCGACCAAAGUCGAGACUGGCAUACAAAGCGCGUGGACAAGAAGCACAGCACCAUUCUCAACUGGUUCUGGAAAAAGCAGCAAACUUUCGGACCAAGCUAGUACUGUUAUUGCGCAUCGUGCUGGUGCAGCGGAGGUGAAAGGUCUUGCGAAUGUUGGCGAAGAUGAUGACGCAAAUAAUGAGGAGGAGCAGUCAAUUGCAGCUUUAGCGGAAGCAACCAAACUUUUGGAAAUCAAUUACAAUCUGCGAACGGUUCGUGUUCCGGAGUCUUCUUCGCCAUCAUCGUCUUCAGCAAUGCCCGUUGCAGCUGGAACUACGGGUGGGAUCUCUACUGCGAGUGUGAGAAAUUAUGGUGGCCCAUCAUCGAGCACCAGUGGCACUGCGUUUUUCACGUCAGCAUCGCCCUUUCAACCUGCAUCUUCGGCGUCGUCCCGUGAACGUGGUCCUGCAACACAGACAUCCUCAAUUCACCCUGUCGAAAAGGCGGCUAUGGGUAAGAACGUGCAGAACACGACGACCCUCGUGCAACAGCUCGGUGUAGUGACCACGACGACGAGCAAAGACGAAUCAGCUUAUAAUUCGACCCCGCAAGAACAAAACAACACAGGUUUGGAGCAGCAGAUGAGCACAACUCCACCGUCGGUCAAAGGACACCUUGCGAGUUGCAGUCGUGGCCUCGCGACCAGCAGUAGCACCGAUGAUUCUACGCCUCCUUGCGCGGCUGGUGCAGAGGUCGUUCCUGCGCCCCCUUUGGCUACAACUUUGGGUGCAGCAGCCAAUGAGAUGAAUUUGAAACACACGAUACUGCAGCUACCAAUACCAGUACAGCAUGCGGCAACGUCUUUUCAUUCCGAUAGUCAAGACGCUGACAUAUCAACUGUAAAAAUGUCUGGGUCUGGAACUUUGCUAGACUUGUCAUGCAGGUUUUUCAUGACCCAUAUGAUCUGUAAUGGAGUGCCUAGCAUGACAGAUUCCGUGAGAUCACUAUCAUGCCUAUCCUGCAUGACAAACUGCCUCUCAUCUUGAUCAAAAGUGGACAGCGUUUGGUAAUCAUGCAACACAGAUUUUUGCAUGAUUCUGAUUUAGCAUGACAAGUUCCAACCUUCCAGACCCAGACAUAUCUGCAAUGCAUAUGACAGCACACUGAGCAAAACGGACGAAGACCUGGCAAAAACCUUUGGCUGGAUUCGUGGCGCAACGGACGAUAUCCAAUGCAAAAAUGUCUGGGUCUGGAACAAAGCAACUUGUCAUGCUAAAUCUGAAGCGUGAAUAAAACCUGUGUUGCAUGAUUACCAAAAGCUGUCCACUAUGGACCUAAUCGAGAGGCACUUUCUCAUGCAGGAUAGGCAUGAUAGAACCCUCACAGUAGAAUCUGUCAUGCUAUGUCCUACAUGCCAGAGCUCAUGGGUCAUGGAAAACCUGCAUGACAAGUCUGGCAUUCUUCCAGACCCAGACGUAUUUGCAUUUGAUAGACGACACGCACGACCGUAAAGUGCCGGCGGACGAUCCCGCGAGGCCGUCGCGGGCGGAACGCGAAGUGGCGCUGAUGCUGGAGUUUGAAAAGGAAAUACAGUUUUCAAAUUCAACUACCAGGCAACUACAAACAGGCUCAUCUUGCUCAACUGGUGCGGUCGUGGCCGGCUCUGGGUUUGCCGCGGUCACGUCCUGCAGGAACGGAAACGGUGCAGCUUCGGACGGUGCAGCUUCCGGCUCGUCAGGAAAUGGUGCUAGUAAUGCAAUUGGAAGCUCCGUGGUUACAUCAGCCCCCACUAGUAGCUUGUUACAACCCUGGAAGACUCCUGCGCAAAUGACGGCUCUCGUCCGCAACAUCACUCCUAACACGACCGACGCGGCCUCUGGUAGUACGACAAGACAGGGAACAAGCAAAGACAGCGCCGCGUCGCAAAACACACCAACCCGGUCGGCUACUUCUAGCACCUGGGCGCGGGUCGGGAAACGGGUUUUGCAGCCGCUGGCGAUUAUGACGGCGAGAGGAACAAGCGUUGGUGAGGCUGGCGGAAGGGAAAUACCAAAAAAUCAGCCACGAACUACACCUGGUACUGCAAAAAUUUCGUCCACUUCUGCAGCUUCGUCCAGUGCAAGCUCGCCGCUUCAACAACAGCAACCGAAUCACCUGCACCAUCUCAAUUCCGAGGAACAAAAUCGGGCUUUUAUGCCAAGUUCUUCAAGUGGUUCUUCUUCACAGCGAACCAAUACGGAUGAUGGUUUCAGAAAUAUUAUUGGCAGAGAUCAUGGUGGCAUGAUCGACGCACGUGGCGCAACGACUAACAACCCAUUUCCAACAACAGACAGUCCACAGCCUGGAAACAGCAAGCGUCUGCUCACACGAAUUCUGCCAAUCACGAGAACACCGGAAACUACCUCGACAAGCAGUAGCCCCAGAGUGUUAAACCAUAUUAACAUUGCUGGUGGUGUUUCAACAACAUCUACGAAAAACCGGGCGAGAAGCUUUAUGGCGUUCUCAAGCGUUACAUUAUCAACUGUUACAUGAAUUUGUAAUGCAAGAGUGGCAAAAGUACAGGAGGAAGAUUGCGCCUUUUGCAUUACAGAUUUGGGACGGAUUAUAGUGCUAUGUAGCGCGUCGAGAAGUUGUCAUGCAAGGCAGGCUUGGUCGUGUGAAUAGUGAUAGUGUUUUUGCAUGACAAAUCAUGUAACAGUUGAGAAUGUAACGUUUGAGAGCCCCAUAAGCUUUGUGAACCGUCUGGGGCCGUCGAACAUUCGCACCGCCAGUCCAUAUGGAUUGUAAAAAUGUCUGGGUCUGGAAGGUUGGAACUUGUAAUGCUAGCUUUCCAUACCUAGAAAAUCUGUAUUGCAUAUUUACCAACAAAAGUCGCAGCCUCUUUUGUCAUGCAAAAACGCAGUUUCUCAUGCGGAUUGCCUACGAGAAAGAAUUGUGGGAAGUUGUCAUGCCGGACUGCAUUCGGAAGUGUUUUCAUCAUGCACAUUUUAGCAUCACAAGUUUCCAGACCCAGACAUUUUUGCAUUUCAUAGUCCACGGCCUAUGGCGAAAGCGGCGCAGACACCGCGGUUGGGUUUUUCCGGGGAAAGUGGCGGUGAUCCGUGGUUGGGUGCGUGAUGAUGGAUGGAGUUUUACUUUUAUAUUACCAAAAUGUAACUAUAGUAUACGAUGCAUAAUUAAUUUAAAUUUUGUUUUUGUUUUUGCAAAGACGGCGAGAGGAACGAGCGUUGGUGAGGCUGGCGGAAGGGAAAUGCUAAAAAAUCAACCACGACCUACAAUACCCUAUAUACUAUACGGCAAGAAAAUCGAUUGACGCAUGGCCCGAUUUCUACUAGUAAAAUCUUACUAGUAAGGAAAAUCCAAGAAUUUUACUAGUAGGCUGCGCUGCUAGUAAUCUUAUCGUGACAAGCAAGCAAAAAAACUACUAGCAAGCGUACUAGUAGAGAGUUUACUAGGAGAAAGCUUACUAGUAGAAAAAGAAAAAGAAAACUGCCGCGCGGGGUGGUUCGCCCCGGGCUUGCGCCACAAAGCUCGCCCGCGCUGCUGGCUUCCCUUGCCCCCUGUGGAGAAACUAGCGCCGAGCAAUUAGUACCUGUGUGGUCGCGCGGGACGUGGCGCUCGUUCCCGGGAAAAGGGGGUGCAGCCGUGGGAGGGCGAGCGCUUCUUUAUCUGACCGAGGGUGGCGCGGCGCGUGCUGCUGCGCCCGCAGGUGCAGGCGAACUAGCAGCUCCGGCCCGGCCACGGUGCCCGGGAUGGCUUUGCGCUUUGUUUGGGCUACCCCGUUUUGCCUCGCGGCGGAGGCCCCUCCUCGUGUGGAUGCCCCCGCCGCCCUGCGCAAAGAAAGCGGCGCCUUUUCUCGCUGCCCCGAAGGAAUGGCCAUCACACACAGUGCGCCUAGUCCCCCUGGGCUGGUUGCACCUGUCUGGCUGGCCAGGUUUUUUGUCGCGCAGCUUUUCCGCAGCUGCGGCCCUGUGGGCUCCGUCGAAAGCAGCCCCACCGCCUUGGGGGCGUAACUAGAAAUACAGCGGGGCGUAGCUCUAGAAUGACGAGCAGCCGCCCGUAAGGCUCGCAACUUGGGGGGGUGCUCGCAAAUUGGGAACAUCCCGGAAGGCUCGUCCCCUCCCAGGGUGGGCUCGCCCCGGGUGUUCUUUCGGUUUCCCGGUGCUUCUCCUUCUCCAGGGGCCUGGGGCGGGCCGCUGUCACGCCUUUGUCUUCCUCCAGGGGGCUCCGGCGCACUCAAAAGCCCUGCGCCUGCAGAGUUUUCGCCCCCAGGAGAAUCCCCUCCCCUUCCCCGCGAGGACUGCAACCUUCCUACUAGGAAAUCGGGCCCAUCGUUUCCUUGUCUACUCCAUACCUCUCCGGCGGUCGCGGAGCGACCGCCCGUGCUAGAUAGUACUACUGCAAUUUUGUCGAGAGGAACAAGCGUUGGUGAGGCUGGCGGAAGGGAAAUGCUAAAAAAUCAACCACGACCUACUAGUACUACUGCAAUUUUGUCCACUUCUGCAGCUUCGUCCACUGCAGGGUCGCCGCUUCAACAACAGCAACCGAAUCUCAAUCACGAGGAACAAUCUCGUCGGGCUUUUAUGCCAAGUUCAAGUUCUUCUUCUUCACAACGAACCAAUACGGAUGGUGGUUUUAAAAAUCUUCUUGGCAGAGAUGCUGGUGGCAUGAUCGACCCACGCGACACAACUACGAACAACCCAUUUCCAACAACAGACAAUCCACAGUGUGGCAACAGCAAGCGUCUGCUCACACGAAAAAUUCUGCCAAUCACGGCACAAGAAACUACGACCUCGACAAGCAGUAGCCCCAGAGUGUUAAACCAUAUUAACAUUGCCGCUGGUGUUUCAACAACAUCUACGAAAAACCGGGCGAGGAGCUUUGUGAACCGUCUGGCGCCGUCGAACAUUCGCACCGCUAGUCCGCGGCCUAUGGCGAAAGCGGCGCAGACGCCGCGGCUGGGGUUUUCGGGGGAAAGUAGCGGUGAUCCAUGGUUGGGUGCGUGAUGAUGGAUGGAAUUUGAUAGUACCAAAAUGUAACUAUAGUAUACGAUGCAUAAUUAAUUUUGUUUUUGUUUUUGCAAAUAAUUAUAGGAGCUUGUCUUGAUCAAUUUGAGCCGGAGUUGUUUCCGUUUCGAUCGGCUUUGUUUAUGUUCACAAAGAUAAUUUUUUUGCACCUGUCAUUUUUUGCUUCUAGCAUUUGGGGGCCUCGCGUGCCAAUGACACACACACACUCGUGAGACGACUCGGUGUGCAGUUUACUUUUGAGUGAAUAUAUUAUUCCUGCGAUUAAAGUUCUGAACGAUUAGUCCAGGGCGAAGUUGUAUAGAACAACGAUUUCGUCAGCGAGAAGGAAUAAAUUUAAAAAUGAAUCAAAAAAUGUAUUAUAAACACAAACUUUGAUUUUUUGUCGUUCGCAAAAUUAUUGAAAAGAUUGGUAAGAUGUAGGCAUCCGUGCCUGUUGCUUGUGGAAACGUAAAACAUAGAAUAUUUUUUACUUUUACAGCUGUCUUCAUUUUUGAUUUUGACGAGAAUUGGUUCCAACAGAUGAAAGCCGGUUCGCAUAAGGAUGUAUUCGAGGCGUAUUCCUGCUGCAUGUCAUCUUUGGUUCUUCUGUUUGCACAGCAAAAUUUUAUUUUCGACUUUUGAUUUAUAUUCCAAGAAUUCCGAUGUUGACUCUUGAUGCUACACUGCGAUUACGUGGUCACCAGAACUAGUACAGUGAGGGAGGCUCAGUGACAGUGGUUAAAGUUAAUCCUUUAGUAGUGAGAUUUUUAGUUCCUGAAGAGAAAUUACAAGGGUCGAUUUCUAAAACCGUUCUAUACGUAAACGCUUUAGGAGCUAGCGUUGGCUGCGCGAGAUGAAAUGUAGUUUAAAAGAAUGGCAAUAAACAUGGCAAGCCGGUGAGAUAGAGCAGGCGUAUAAUUUGCAUGUAAUAUGCGCGACUCUGCCAUACUUCUAUUGCAUGGCUUUUCAAUUAAUUGACCUUCUUCCUAUGUUUCUCAUUUAUCGUACAUUGCAGAAAAUGCACGGUCGGAAUUUUGGGCGAAAAAAUCUACCAGAUGUGGAAACAGGGCCCAAGGCUGAGAUGAAAAAAUCGAAAAAACAAAGACCAUGCAGUUGAGUUACCGAAUCGAAAAAAAUUUUGAUCAAAUUAUGCUGUACCAGUGUAGGUCGCGUUUCGAUUUCGAAAAGCAAGAAGUAGGCAAGCAU